CCUCCAUAGAUGGGGAGUUGGUGGAAGAUGUUGGUGAUGGGGGGCUAGAGUCCCUUUGGAUGGAGACUCCCUCUCUCUUUUUUUGGGUGGAAAUGGAAGGGGUGGGUCUAUGGUACAUCACCUGAGUUGUGGGGUAAAUGUAGAGAGUGUCAAUCAAAGGCAGAGCUCAGAGCUGGGAAGAAAGCUCUAGAUGGCGGCUGUGCCUUGGAGAGAGCGCGCGGAGCCUCUGCCUUUUUUCCCCCCUCCGCCACUUUUGCACAACUUUGCCUAACUUUUAGGCUUCCUCCCGGGGAUCCUGCAGCCCCUGGCCCCUCCUGGGAGCGGGCGCAGAGGGGAUCGAGCGUUUUUCGGGCAGAAAAGCGGCUUUUGGGGGCUCUUUUCUUUCGCCUUGUUGGAAAGAAGCAGCCGUGGAGGCAGCCCAGGUCGUUGUUUUUCCCAGCUUGGAAGCCAUGGCGUACCUCCAUUUUUGUGCGCUCUCCUAAUGAGCUUUUCCUCCGGAUUCUUUUUUUUUUUCCUCCCUUCCCUCUUUGCUUUUAAUUAUCGCCUCUGGCGAUUAAACGGAUUCGUUUCGUUUGGGAUUAAACUCUCCUUUUGUAUUUUUUCCCCAAAAGAAAUAUUUUUCCCCCGAUUGGUUUUUUUUUUCUGAAAUACUCGGAGUUCAUGUUUUCCCACGACCUGAAACUAAUACCGGGUUCGACCUGGCGCCGGUGCCUGGAUCAGUAAAUACCUGGGCACAGGACUUCAAAGCAAUCUCGGCCAACCCUUCUACCUUUCUUUUAGUAUUUAAGAAUUAAAAGAUGAUGAGAAAUACGGACAAAAGCCAAGGAGAGGAGGCUUCAGUCCACAGCAAUGCAUCGAGCCACUCAGCAUCUGAAGAGUCCGAUUCAGCAAGCCAGUCUGACACUGAGCAAGGCAGCGACCAUGGGAGCGAAUCCAACAGUAGCUCAGAGACCUCCGAAAGUCAGUCUGAAUCUGAAAGUGGAUCAACGGGUUCCAAAUCCCAACAGACACUUCCUGAAGCCAAAGAGAAGCCGGCCUCUAAGAAAGAAAGGAUAGCAGAUGUCAAAAAAAUGUGGGAAGAAUAUCCAGAUGUUUAUGGGGUGCGGAGGUCAAACCGGAGCAGGCAGGAGCCUUCACGUUUUAAUAUAAAUGAAGAGGGGAAUACCGAGUCUGAGAGUGAGAGCCCCAAAAGAAGAAGCCAAAAACAGCUGAAAAAUCAAGAUAAAUGGAAGAGGGAGGGCUCGGGGGAUGAAGAUGAAGAUGGACAGGAACAAGGCACCAGUGCAGACAGCAGUGAGCCGGAGCAGAAGAAAGUGAAAGCGAGGAGACCUGUCCUGAGAAGAGCAGCGGGUAAAACCAUUGCAAAGAAGAGUCAUAAGCCCCAGCGGGGGAAGAGGCGAAGAAAAACGGAGUCAUCUGAAGAAGAUGAUGAUGAUGAAGAUGAUGAAGCACCAAAAAGACAGACCCGGCGCCGAGCAGCCAAAAAUGUCAGUUAUAAGGAAGAUGAUGACUUUGAGACAGAUUCCGACGACCUGAUUGAGAUGACUGGAGAAGGAGCUGAAGAGCAGCAGGAUAACAGUGAGACGAUUGAGAAGGUGCUGGACAUGAGGGUGGGCAGAAAAGGAGCCACGGGUGCUUCCACUACUGUCUAUGCCACAGAAGCCAGUGGUGACCCUUGUGCUGGCUUUGAUCCCGAGAAUGAGGAAGGGGAGGCUCAGUAUCUGAUUAAGUGGAAAGGCUGGUCAUACAUCCACAGCACCUGGGAGAGCGAGGACUCCCUCCAGCAGCAGAAAGUCAAAGGCAUGAAGAAGCUGGAGAACUUCAAGAAGAAAGAGGAAGAAAUCAAGCAGUGGUUGUCAAAGGUGAGCCCAGAAGAUGUGGAAUACUUUAACUGCCAGCAAGAACUGGCUGCUGAAUUGAACAAGCAGUACCAAAUAGUGGAAAGAGUUAUUGCUACGAAAACAAACAAAUCUGCGACACCUGUGUCUGACUUUCCAGCACACAACCGCAAGUCCUCUUCUAAUGAACCAGAGUACCUUUGCAAGUGGAUGGGACUCUCGUAUGCAGAUUGUAGCUGGGAGGACGAGGCCUUGAUAAGCAAGAAAUUCCAGCAUUGCAUUGAUAGCUUUAACAACCGGAACAACUCCAAAACCAUGCCCACCCGGGAGUGCAAGGCAUUGAAGCAGAGGCCUCGGUUUGUUGCCUUGAAGAAACAACCGUCUUACAUCGGCGGGGAGAAUCUGGAGCUCCGAGAUUACCAGCUGGAAGGCCUUAACUGGCUUGCUCACUCCUGGUGCAAGAACAACAGUGUCAUCCUGGCAGAUGAGAUGGGCUUGGGGAAGACCAUCCAGACAAUCUCUUUCCUUUCCUACCUCUUCCAUCAGCACCAGCUCUACGGUCCCUUCCUGAUUGUGGUGCCCUUGUCGACACUGACCUCUUGGCAGAGGGAGUUUGAGAUCUGGGGCCCGGACAUCAACGUCGUCGUGUACAUAGGAGAUCAGAUGAGCAGAAACGCUAUCCGUGAAUAUGAGUGGAUCCAUGCUCAGACGAAACGACUGAAGUUCAAUGUGCUUAUCACGACAUACGAGAUUCUCCUGAAAGACAAGACUGUCCUGGGAAGCAUUAGCUGGGCCUUCCUGGGUGUGGAUGAAGCGCACCGCUUGAAGAACGAUGACUCCUUGCUGUAUAAGACAUUGAUUGACUUCAAGUCCAACCACCGAUUGCUCAUCACUGGGACACCCCUUCAGAAUUCCCUCAAGGAGCUUUGGUCCCUCCUGCAUUUUAUCAUGCCAGAGAAGUUUGAAUUCUGGGAAGAUUUUGAGGACGACCAUGGAAAAGGGCGAGAGAACGGGUACCAAAGCCUCCACAAAGUCCUGGAGCCCUUCCUGCUCCGUAGGGUGAAGAAGGAUGUAGAGAAGUCCCUCCCGGCCAAAGUGGAGCAGAUUCUUCGAGUGGAAAUGUCGGCUCUCCAGAAGCAGUAUUACAAGUGGAUUUUAACGAGGAACUACAAAGCUCUCUCCAAGGGCACCCGGGGCAGCACAUCUGGCUUCCUGAACAUAGUGAUGGAACUGAAGAAAUGCUGCAACCACUGCUAUCUGAUAAAAACCCCGGAGGAGAAUGAGAGGGAGAACAGUCAGGAGCUGCUCCAGUCUUUAAUCAGGAGCAGCGGGAAGCUCAUCCUCCUGGACAAACUACUGAGCAGGUUGCGUGAGAGGGGCAACCGAGUCCUCAUCUUCUCCCAGAUGGUGAGGAUGCUGGAUAUCCUCGCAGAGUAUUUGGCCAUCAAGCACUACCCUUUUCAGCGCUUGGACGGCUCGAUCAAAGGAGAGAUCCGGAAGCAGGCACUGGAUCAUUUCAAUGCUGAGGGCUCUGAGGACUUCUGCUUCCUGCUGUCCACAAGAGCUGGUGGACUGGGGAUCAACUUGGCCUCUGCUGAUACCGUGGUUAUCUUUGACUCAGACUGGAACCCUCAGAAUGAUUUGCAGGCCCAGGCUCGUGCUCAUCGAAUUGGGCAGAAAAAGCAGGUGAACAUCUACCGUUUGGUUACCAAGGGGACAGUGGAAGAGGAGAUUAUUGAAAGAGCCAAGAAAAAGAUGGUGCUGGACCAUCUUGUGAUACAGCGUAUGGAUACCACCGGUCGGACUGUUCUGGACAACAGCUCUGGCAGAACCAACUCAAACCCUUUUAACAAAGAAGAGCUGACAGCCAUCUUGAAGUUUGGAGCUGAGGACCUUUUCAAGGAAGCAGAAGGGGAAGAAUCUGAACCACAGGAGAUGGACAUUGAGGAAAUCUUACGCUUGGCAGAAACACGAGAGAAUGAAGUAUCUACAAGUGCAACGGAUGAGCUGCUCUCCCAGUUUAAGGUGGCUAACUUUGCAACGAUGGAGGAAGAAGAAGCUGAGCUGGAGGAGAAAUCUCAGAAGGACUGGGAUGAUAUCAUCCCUGAGGAGCAGAGAAAGAAAGUGGAGGAAGAGGAGCGACAGAAGGAACUAGAGGAGAUCUACAUGCUCCCCAGAAUUCGCAGUUCAGCUAAAAAGGCUCAGGCCAACGAUAGUGAUUCAGACAUUGAGAUGAAGAGAAAGUUGCAGAGGUCAUCCGGCUCAGAGAGCGAGACCGAGGACUCGGACGAUGAAAAGAGGCCCAAGCGCAGAGGGCGGCCUCGCAGUGUCCGGAAGGACAUGGUAGAAGGGUUCACGGAUCCAGAGAUCAGGAGGUUUAUUAAGGCCUAUAAGAAGUUUGGAGAUCCUCUGGAACGUCUGGAGUGCAUCGCUCGGGAUGCUGAGCUGGUGGACAAGUCAGUGGCUGACCUGAAACGCUUGGGGGAGCUUCUUCACAACACUUGCGUUUCAGCCAUGCAGGAGUAUGAAGAGCAGCUGAAAGACAACCCCACGGAAGGCAAAGGUCCAGGGAAGAGGAGAGGCCCCACUAUUAAGAUUUCUGGGGUCCAAGUGAACGUGAAAGCCAUUAUCCAGCACGAAGAGGAUUUUGCCAUGCUCCACCAGACAAUUCCAAAGGAUCCAGAGGAAAGGGCCAGGUUCUGCCUGACCUAUCGAGUCAAAGCUGCCCAUUUUGAUGUUGAGUGGGGACUGGAGGAUGACUCUCACUUGCUGUGGGGAAUCUAUGAACAUGGCUACGGGAACUGGGAACUCAUCAAGUCAGACCCAGAGUUGAAAUUAACUGACAAGAUCCUGCCUGUUGAGACGGACAAAAAGCCUCAGGGGAAGCAGCUCCAGGCUCGUGUGGAUUACUUGCUGAAAAUCCUCAAGAAACACAUGGAGAAAAAUGAAAGCACGAAGGAGACAGAAGAGAGCAAGGUGAAGAAGAGGAAGCCCCGUGUGAAAAAGGAAAAGUCUCCCAAAGGCAGGGAUGAGCAUGGGAAUGAUGUCUCUCCUCCUCAGCAGUCAGACAACCAGUCUGAGGAAGGAGAAGUUAAGGAGGAUGGAGUGGAUAAAAGCCCUGUGAAAAAGAAGCAGAAGAAAAAGGAGAAUAAAGAAAACAAAGAAAAACAGACUGCAAGUAAAAAAGAAAAGGAAGGGGAGAAAGAGAGAAAGAAAACAAAGGACAAAAAAGAGAAGCCCAAAGGCAGCGAAGGUAAAUCUGGAAGCAAAGGGAAACGAUCUCAGGGUCCUGUCCACAUUACAGCAGGGAGCGAGCCUGUCCCCAUUGGAGAAGAUGAGGACGACGACCUGGACCAGGAAACUUUCAGCAUCUGCAAAGAGAGAAUGCGGCCAGUUAAAAAGGCUCUGAAGCAGCUGGAUAAGCCAGACAAGGGGCUUUCUGUCCAAGAACAGCUGGAGCACACACGAAGCUGCCUGCUGAAGAUUGGAGAUCGCAUCUCAGAAUGCUUGAAAACUUACUCUGACCAGGAGCACAUCAAGCUAUGGAGAAGGAACCUGUGGAUAUUUGCGUCAAAGUUUACUGAAUUUGAUGCAAGAAAGCUCCACAAACUCUAUAAGAUGGCUCACAAGAAGCGGUUGCAGGAUGAGGAGGUGAGGUUGAAAAUGGAGAUACUGCAGGGGGAUAAGAACCCGUUCCGAUUGGAGCCUUCUGGGUCCAGCCGAGAUCCUACAAUGUCUCAGGUUCCUCACGGCCCUCAUUCUCAGAAGCUCCACCAGCCUCCACCUCAUCCUUCCCAGGUGCACGGGCACCAACGGGACAAUUACAGUCACCCAAAUAAGAGGCACUUCACUAAUGCAGAUCGAGGGGAAUGGCAGAGGGAUCGCAAAUUCAGCUAUGGUGGAAAUGCCAGCCAGAUGUGGGGAGAACGGCACCAUCAGUAUGAGCAACACUGGUACAAGGAGCACCACUAUGGAGACCGGCGGAUGCGUGGGGAUCCUCAUCGCAGUUCGGGCAACUACCGAAUAAACAACCCAUCACGCAAACGGCCGUAUGAGCAGUACAGCAGCGACCGAGAUCACAGAGGGCACAGGGACUACUAUGACAGGCAUCACCAUGACACCAAGCGACGAAGAACAGAUGAUUUCCGGUCCCAGAAUUACCACCAGCAGGAUUUUAGGAGGAUGUCUGAUCACAGGCCGCCUCCCAUUGGCUACCACAGCCAGGGACCUUCAGACCACUACCGGUCUUUCCAUCCAGAGAAAUCGGCUGAUUACAAGCAGCUGCUUCCACCUCCUCAUUCUCAAGUCUCAGACCCUCGCUCUCCACCCUCGCAAAAAUCGCCCCAUGAGGUCAAGUCUCCGCUCGACCGCCGGUCACCCUUGGAUAGGUCUUUAGAACAGAAGAACAACCCCGAGUAUAACUGGAGCGGCCGGAAAACCUAAGAGCUUGAAUGAGGAAAGCAGGGGAAGGAGAACCUUACCAGAAGUAAACGGCAACUACUGGUUGGUCAUGCUCCGCCAGAGACUCUGAAAACUCUGCCGUUGGGCUCUGCAUUUGAAGGGCAAGAUGAUAGGAGUUGGACGUGGCCGGGGCAUCUGGGUAUCUUCCCCCCCAUCUCUUCUCCCAUAUUCCCACUGGCCAUAUGUUGAGAAUGGGUUUCCCUGCCAUCCAGAUGACCUGUUGGGCAAACGCCGAGCCCACACCAGUUUCUGUUUUUACAGCUGAAGGCUUAUGUAGAGUCCCAGGGGUGUGUGACAGAAUUUGAACCUGAUGGCUGCUUGCAGCACCCAUGCAGAAGAAAGGGGAGAUGAUACUGGUUUUGAGAUGGAAAUUUCUGCAGGAGGGGAGAGGCAUUUCUUCUGGAGAGGAGAGACCAUAAAUGUUUGCCUGAGGGAGUUUUCACAGAGUGGGAGAAUGGGAGGAAGCAUCUGUGAAUAAGAGAAACAGCCUUAAACAAAGCCAACCUGGAGGGGGGGGGGAGCUUGCUGUUGGCUUCAGAGACUCCUAGAUGUAGGACCUCUCAUUUCACUUUAUGAAGCAAGCAGGAAAGAAAAAAUGAAAAGGAUAUGUGAACACAUCCCUCCUUCUCCUUUUCCCCAUAAGCCCAUUGUUUUUGUUCCUUUCACCAUUUUCAUUUUACUUUUUCAACAGAACAAAGAGUGAUAACGGAAGCCCUCUGAAACUGGUGACCUUUCUGGGCUUGCCAAAAAAGUGUCCCUCAUUCCAGUAACUUUGUCAAACGAAGCAAAAGAGAAGGAAGUACUGGGCACCAAGGGUGUUUCCAUGUCAGAUACUGUCAGCAUUUCUCGAUAGGUUCCUGGGCCCAUUCUUCUCUCACUUGUGAUGAGAAUGUCAAGUCUGUCUCAUCCAUUUUGCACAGGAAGACAAACACCCAUCAAUGAAGAAACCCAGUUUGGUGCCUGGGACCACCCUAGCUGGACUCUGCCUACUGUUUGUGAACUUCUCAAGUUGGCCACCCCAGCACUUCAUGUAAAAACCCCCAACGCUUACCAUCUAGAGUAGUGAAAGUGAAACGAGGGAUCCAUUGAAGAGGGAAGUGCACACCCUUGUCACAAAUGUGUCCUCUUUGUAUUUGAACUCCCAUGGGGCGUAUAUGCAUGUGUGUGCAUUCAUUCAUUCAUUCAUUCUGGGUCCCCAGAUUGCUUUGUGGAGGUGAGAGGGUUGGUCCUGUAAAUAUGAGAGAAGGGAGCAAGUGGCUCCGAUGCUCCCUGUGAACAACAAGCUAUGUAUCCAUGCUGAAAGUUUAGCCUAGGGACCUCCCUGGCUUUUCUGCAGUUCCACUCCAAGUGCGGGCGUCAUGAAUUUUCUGCUCAACGGGCAUGAAGUGGCCUCUGCUCACAACUCCAGUCCAGUUGUUUGCCUGCUUUUGCUUGCUGGAUGGCCAGGAGUUGGAAAGUGUGGUGAGGUUGUCCUUGCCAGAUCAUUUCCAGCAGUGUUAAGCGUUGAAUUGACCUGCAGAAGAAGGACUACAAAAUAAAUCUUUCAGUGUUGUAUCCUAGCUUUUGGAAGGGUUUAGGGUGCGUGUGUGUAUGUGCCAGAUGCCGUGUUUCGUCUGAUUCCACUAAACUGUGAUGGUAGAAAAUACACUAUGGAGCUCCUUAAAAAGGUCCUUUUGUUUUCACAUAGGGUGAUGGCUUUUAAUAAUGUGAAUUCCAACUGUAUCUCUCCUCCUGCGAAGGUAGAGACAGAUAGAGAACUUUUUAAUCAUAGUCAGUGAUUAGUACAUCUAUUACUUCACCUGAGUCACAAAAUGUUGCUGUAAUCAUGAAAUAUAUAUAUUCCUGUGCCACCACGUUUCGGGGCUGGCAGAAGAGAGGUGCACACCUGUGAGAUGGGUGGUGAUGGUAUUUAAAUAGAAAAAUGCUUCGAAAGUAUUAUAGAAAAGUUAGCUCAGCCCUGAUCCGUGAGAUAACAUGUCUCGGAUUCUGUUGUAAGGCACAAAAAGGGGUAACCCAGUUUGCAGGGUGAGAGGGAGAUGCCUCUCAGAAGGGUUAUAGGGAAGAGAGUUAGCCUGUGACUGUUUCAAAACAUUACAUCUGGGGGGGGAUCAGUAUUCAGCAGGUUUUGUAUUACAUUUAUGGAAGAGCAGCAGACUGGAGUGGCAAAUCCAGAGUGCUUUAGUAGCCAAAAUCCUGUUACACAACAUAUGCCAGUGUGAAGUCAAGUAGUGUUAAGCUGCUGGUGGUAAAUUGCCCCUACUUAAGAAGUCAGUGUUUAUAAUUUUCACAGUAUUGUGCUGAAUCCUGUGACUCAUGUGAUAACAAGGAAUAAAAGCUUCAACUUCUUAAAUGGGCAAUUCAGUGCAAGCACUUUAUACCAUUUAAUUUACGCUGGCUGAUGUAAAGUAGAAGGAUUCUGGUUAUCCUCUCCAGAUCAUCCUGGGGGUAAUGGGUGGGGUGGGGAUUAGAAAUGGGAAAGACAUGAAAAUAGGUGAGAAUAUGGGGGCGGGGGGGGAGAGCACCAGACCCAGUUGUAAAUUUUUCAGCUGGUAGUUUGUGUUGCCUUUCAUCUUUCUCAUUCCUGAAGUAUUUUUGAAACCAGGGGUGUGUGGUGGGGUGGAAUCCAUAGAUUCAUAGGCUUUGUCUUUGUUUUAAGCUUUCUCUCUAACUGUUCAGGCUAGGAGGAGGUAGAACAUUUAAACGUUUGCAGUGUGCCAGGGAAAGGACAGAGUGCUGGACUUGUGCCCAGUUGCUAUGGAUUAUUCCUGUAUUCGGGAAUGGAAAGAGGGACUCUUGCUAUGACCCAUAUCUGUCAUCUGUAUGAUACUGGACUGUCCCCUGCAUUUUUUCCCAUCAUCUAGUGGUGGAAAGAUACUUGCUCAUAAAAUCAUGGACUUGAGGGAGAAUCAACCAACCCUGUCAACUAAGAAAAAAAGUUAUUAAUUUUAAUUUAUAUUUGUGAGAAACCUUUUGCCACUGUCCUAGUGAUUUCUGAUGUAAAUAUGUUGUUUAUAGAGUAUGUAUUAAAUUUUCCUACAUUGUAAAAUGGCUGUACUUUGGAUUCUUCUAUAUUAAAAUGUGAGAUGGACAUUUUCAGAA